AUGAAUUCCGAGAGACCUUUCGUGAAUAUUCAUUCAAUGAUUUCCUUAAAUGGUAAGAUGGUUGGACCAUAUUGGAAUACUGAAAAUGGCUCAGUAACAUUCAACGAUUAUGAAUGGACAGGAGAGAGUUACAAACCAGAUGCAUGGUUGUGGGGAAGAAGGACAUUUGAUGCUGUUUUACCAUCAAUUGAUAACCCUCCUGUCGAUGAAAACGAAAAAGAAUGCCCAGAAGGAGACUUUUAUGCAGUAACUGAUGCAGGAAAAUACCUUGUUGCAAUGGAUCCGUCUGGUAAACUUCCAUGGGACAGAAACACCGUUAAAUAUAUGGAUCGCCCAGAAUCACAUGUCAUUGAAGCUUUAACUGAAAAGGCAUCUCCUCAAUAUAAGAAUCUCCUUCGUCGUUUAAAUGUUUCUUAUAUUAUCGCUGGAAAAGAUGAAAUCGAUUGGGAAAUAUUACUAACUAAAUUGAAGAAAGUUUUCCACAUCAACAUCCUUUCUAUUGCAGGCGGUGGUAUGAUUAAUUGGAGUGCCAUGAAGGCAAAAAUUGUUGAUGAACUUAGUUUACUUGUUACAGCUGCUGCUGAUGCAACUAACAAUGUUUCGCUUUUCGAAGCAAAUCCUUAUCAAACAAAUACCGAUCCAAUUGAGUUUACAGUGAAAUCCAUUGAAAAGAUCAAUGCAAAUGGAAUUUGGAUUAAAUAUAUUCCAAAAUAUUAA